AUGGCCAAACCAGCGAUCCUGCGCCAACUCUUUGUCCGAAUCGGCCUGACUCAAGCCGUUGCCGACACUAUUGUGGACGAUCACAAUAUCAACAGUACCGCAACUCUGACCAAGAUCAAGCCUGACACUGUCAGCAAACUUGUCAAGACCCUUCCACACCCAGGAGGCGGUGGGAAUGGCCACGCGAUCCCGUUCCAAGUGCAGCAAGACAUCACUGAUGUCGCAUGGCUCAUAAAACACCGUGUCCGCACCUCUCGUGAUCCAGCUAUUCUGACCAUUGUUCUGACACCAGCGCAACAGCGCCGGGCCCGAGAGUCGGAAAGGAAGCAAAAAAUGGACCUGGAGAAUAAUGUCCCAAGCCCGCUGUUCAUCAUGGUUCUACCUGGCGAAAUGGAAGGGACUUAUCUCUUCAUCAGCCGGUUGAAGUACGCAGCAUUGGCAACAAACGUUUUGAAAGGACUGGUUCCGUUCUUCACUCAUCAUUUGGGGGCAUCAACGACUACUCGAUCCAACAGAGUUCUGGGUAAAUGGUUCCCUAAGUCUCUCAUCCAUACGACACGCCGCAAGGAACUUGUGUGGUGCUUGGAGACUCUACGGGCACGACCAGCCGACCAAACUCAGCAGGGCGUUGACAAAGCUAUCGAUUUUCUGGAUGGGUUUGGCUCUGAUCCUCUUGAUGUCGGUGAAGCAAAGUUGGAAUUUGAUAUGGAUAUGGCGGACGCUAAAGAUAUUGACGAUGGAGCUACGGUUGCUGGUGCCAU